CAAUGAUAUAAUAUCUGGUUCUCAACUAGAAUGAUCCUUGGUUGUCAAAAUAAUACAUUGGCUUUGUAAUUUCAACCAUCACCAAUUACUCUUUCCCUACAUCCCUCUUCACCAUGGCCUCAGACGUUGCUGAAUUCCUUAAGAAAAACUUCUUGGAGAGUGUCAUGUCAGAAAAAGUGUUUAGCCUACCACCAACCAUUAGCAGCCUUUUGAAUGACAUCAAAGAUGAAUUCAUGGAGAUCAAUAAGGAAUUUUGGUCCCCACCCCCUCCCAAUUCCUUCGUUUUGUUUCACCAUCUUGACAAUGCACUUGCUGAAUUCCGCGAUUUCUGUAAGCAAGAAACAGACAAUAAACGAAGUCUCAAGAUAACCAUCUUCUCUGGUUCUGAACGUGACAUGGAAAAAAUUAAUGGAAUUUAUAAAGCACUUAUCAGCAUGAGGAUUCAGCAGCAGAACGAGCCCAGCAAAGUGGAUACAAUAAUAGACUCAAGCUCAAACUCAUUCAUCCGUUCAUCUAUUUACCACAAGGGUUUUGAUGAAGAAAUACUAAAGAAGAUUCACAAGUGCCUUGACUCAGAAAAAGAGUUUAAGGCCAUUGGGAUACAUGGGAUGUGUGGCAUUGGAAAGACCACACUUGUGAAAAAGAUUGUGGCUGAUGAACCAGUUCAAGCCAAGUACAUGAAGCCAAUUAUAUGGGUGCAUUUAUCAGACUUGACACCAGAGGAAAUGGAUAUAAGGAUUGUUAAGGAAAUAUUGCUAUGUUUGAAUGAUGAUCCUGAUCUGUUAACCGAGGAACUCGAAGACGAUGCGCUAGUCGAAAGACUUCGUGACAGGCUCAAGGGUAGGAGGUAUUUGAUUGUAUUGGAUGGUGUAUGGCACUGUAAUGAAUGGUUUAGUAACUUGCAUGUUGAUGAAAAGAUUGAGAGGACUAACAAGUGUUCCUUUUCAAUGGCUUUGCCUAAGGAUAGUGGUGGUGCUGUCAUUGUUACUAGUAGAGUGAAGGAGUUGGCUAAACAAUUGGUGGGUGAGAAGUGUUUGUUUUGUGUCAAGCCUUGGAGUGAUGAGAAUAUGAAACAGGUUGUGAAGCAAUGUUUGGAAAGAAAAAGAUCAUCUGGUAAGAUCAUCAAUGAUGAAGAGAGGUUGAUAAAUGAAGUUGUUAAUCAUUGUCAUGGUCUUCCUUUAGUUGCUGAAACUCUCUCAGCUUGGAUUGCUGAACAAAUCACUGGGAAGUCUAGUUAAUUUUAAUUGAUUAAUCCAGUGAUCGAUGUAUCUGGUUUAUUCCACCUUAUGAUACUACCAUACAUUGUAUUUUUUUUAUAAAGGCACUACCAUACAUUGUAUGAUA